UCCUCAGCCUUUUCCAUUUCUAAACCAAACAACAGAUUCCUCAUAAUCACCUCCUCUUCUUUCCUCUUUGAGAAAGGAAGAAAGAUCAAACCUUCCCCAAGUAAUCAUUUUGCUUUCUCUAUCACACCACACACACACAUUCACUAGUUUUAUCUUCACAAGAAGAACCAUGGCUCUUGUUGUCGCCUUCUUGUUUAUGGCUAUCCUCGGAGUAAUGACGUCAUGUGUCAAUGGCUACGCCGGAGGAGGUUGGGUCAACGCACACGCUACAUUCUACGGUGGUGGUGAUGCUUCCGGCACAAUGGGAGGUGCUUGUGGAUACGGAAACCUUUAUAGCCAAGGGUAUGGAACCAACACCGCGGCGCUAAGCACGGCUCUGUUUAACAACGGUUUAAGUUGUGGUGCUUGCUUCGAGCUAAGAUGCCAGAACGAUGGAAAAUGGUGUCUCCCUGGCUCUAUCGUUGUCACAGCUACAAACUUUUGCCCACCUAACAACGCUUUGCCGAACAACGCAGGAGGUUGGUGUAACCCUCCUCAGCAGCAUUUUGAUCUCUCUCAGCCUGUAUUUCAACGUAUCGCUCAAUACAGAGCUGGCAUUGUCCCCGUCGCUUACCGAAGAGUGCCAUGCGUGAGAAGAGGAGGAAUAAGGUUUACGAUAAACGGACACUCUUACUUCAACCUUGUUCUGAUUACUAACGUUGGAGGUGCCGGAGAUGUUCACUCGGUGAUGGUUAAAGGUUCAAGAACAGGGUGGCAAGCUAUGUCAAGGAACUGGGGACAGAACUGGCAGAGCAACUCUUACCUAAACGGACAAGCUCUGUCUUUCAAAAUUACCACAAGUGACGGUCGAACCAUCAUCUCCAACAACGCCGCUCCCGCAGGCUGGUCUUUCGGCCAGACCUUCACCGGCGCGCAGUUACGUUAGGAAGUGGUGAUAUCGUCAAAUCUCUCGUCUCAUUGAUCGUGUGUGGUGUCUAUGUCGUAGUAGAAGAAGUAAGCAAAAAAAGCUUUAGAGAGGGACAUAAUAGUAAUUUGGUCCUUUCUUACAGUUAGGGUUACCUAAAAAAGAGAAGUGGUGCUUUGAGUGCUUGAUUUUGCACGAGGCCCUUGGUGACGUCUUCUUUGUUGGGACCUUUUCUUUUAUCUUUUAUCUUUUCUUUUAUUAUUGGUGAGGUUUUAUGUUAUACUGAUGCAGAGGUGGAUUAAGUUACCCACCCGCUAGUAGCAGUAGUAGUCUCUUGUGUCAUUUGUAAUCCCUUCUCGAAACGAGAGGGAGAGUUUUAGAUUGUAUUAAUCUGGUUAAAAGUCAUGUAUGUUGUAAAUUUUUCGAUUUUUACAAGUAGGAAAGUAUUGGAGAUUUGUUAUUUACUUUGUGUGCGAUAAUAAAUUAUCAAUCAUAUAGAGUCCGGAACAUGA